GACAAGAUCAAGGUCUACAGAAAAACAUAGGCCAUGUCAGUUAUCAUUGUGGUCGUUAAAAUUCUAGUUGUUCUGAAUAUAUGUAACGCGAUGACAAUGAAACAGAUAAGAUCAACAGGAAAGAUGAUGAGAAAAACGUGUCAACCAAAAAACAAUGUUGCUGAUGAGAAAAUUGAUCCAAUGAUCAAAGGCGUAUUUAUAGAAGAAAAAGAAGUAAUGUGCUACGUAGCAUGCAUCAUGAAAAUGGCUAAUGCGAUAAAAAAUGGUAAAUUAAAUUAUGAAGCUGCGAUGAAGCAAGCAGACUUGCUCUUGCCGGAGGAAAUAAAGGAGCCAGCUAAAGAAGCAAUUACAGCUUGCAGGAAAAUAACGGACUCUUACAAAGACGUUUGCGAGGCCUCGUUCUACGUGACAAAAUGUAUUUACAACCACAAUCCAUCAAUUUUUUACUUUCCCUAAUGAAUAAUUCAAAUCCGUAGUUAGUUUUAUAAUUAUCUAUCUAUGAAAAUAUUUAUCGAUCCUACCGUAAUAUAAAAUCUCAUCGUAAAUAACUUUCUACGUAUUUAAAGACGGUUGGAAACUCCUGUAAAUUUAAUUAACCAAAAUUAUUUUUAUUACGA